GAAUGCAAGGGUUCUAUAGACCAAAAUGUUUUCCAAAAAAACUUAGUAGUAGAAAAUCCUAAACAACGGGAUAUUCUUCAUGAAUCUGGUUGUUAUUGUCAAAAUACUAAGCACAGAAGAUUUAAAGGAGAUGUCUUAGGAUAUUGUUCACCCUGGAAUGGAAAUGGUUUUGAGAUUGCCAAAACAUUUCACGGCAAGUUUACAAUGGUAUCUCCAGUAUGGCUGGCUUUUCCUUUUGGCAAUACUUCAACCUACCAAUUGUCUACUAAUUCCGUUCAAACUACGUGGAUAAAGGAAAUGAGAGCCAAUAACAAUGUUAAUCAUAACGUAAAGCUUGUACCCAGGGUAUUAUUUGAACAUUGGUCAAUUGAUGACAUUAUCAAGAUAUAUAGUAAUACAGACAGUAAAACUCAAUUAAUAGUAUCUCUCUUAGAUGCUGCCAAAACUUUCCAUUUCGACGGAUAUGUCUUAGAAAUGUGGAAUCAGUUUGUAUUUGCAGGUGCAAAUUUAUCAAUUAUUACUUCUAUAGUCAAAUCCAUUGCACGAAGAUUGAAGAAACAUAAUUUAGAUAUUAUAUUAGCAGUACCACCGUCUAGAGGUGCACAACUUGAAUUGUUUUCAAAGCAACAGUUUGACGAACUAGCACCAUAUGUAAACACCUUUUCGCUUAUGACUUACGAUUAUUCAAGUAUUCAAAGGCCAGGUCCAAAUAGUCCUCUCGAGUGGGCUAGACAAUGUGUAGAAUUAUUAGCCCCAGAAAAAAAUGAUCCUAGACGAUCUCAAAUUUUAUUAGGUAUUAACUUUUACGGUUACAAUUAUACACCGGAGGGUGGCAAGGCAAUUCUCGCCUCUGAAUAUUUAGAUAUAUUAAAGUUAUUUAAAGGAAAGAUUCGUUGGGAUAAUAGCAGCAAAGAGCAUUUCUUUGAACCAAGAUUAACUAUAGGUAAUGUGCGUGGAAUCAGCUACAUCUUCUACCCUACGUUAUAUUCAAUUAAGGCUCGAUUAGACCUUGCUAACGAAUUGGGUACAGGAAUCUCGAUUUGGGAAUUAGGUCAAGGAUUGAAUUAUUUUUAUGACUUAUUAUAAAUUGUUACAUAAUAUCUUUCAUUUAAUAUAACUAAAAUUUUGUGAUACUUAUAUAAAGAUGCAUGUACAUAAAAGAAAACCAUAAAAUAUAUUUCAACAAUUAUAUAUAUAAAA